AUGUUAUUUCAACCAAUGUUUAACAAUCAAAAUAAUAAUACUAUAAGUGAUAAUCAUAUUAUCAAAAGCACAUUAAAUUAUAACACACAUUGUUUUAAUUCUCAAUUGAAGAGUUUCACCGAUCAAAAUAGCUCAAUAACUUCUGAUAUAAAAUUAUCUUCUACAAAUCACUAUGCAUCUACACCAAUCGACUGUGAUAUGAAUAGAACAGACGAUUUCUUCAUUAGGAAGUCAUCACCAUCAUCAUCUCCUGUAACGAAUAAAUAUGAUAUUGAUGAAAUUCUGAAUAAAUCUUCAUGGAAUACAUUCCAGUCUAGUUUAAAUGGUUUGAUAACUUCUACUAUUUCUACUACUAGUGCUACUACUACUGCUACUAAUACUACUAAUAACAAUCCUAACACAUUGUUCAAUGAAACAAGUACAUCAGCAACAGAUUUCAUUAAUUCUCUGAAGAAUUUCACAAAUGAAAACAUAACCUCACCUCAAAUCACUUAUGAAAAUGUAAUUGGCCAAAUGUUAUUAUCAUCCGCAUCAUCAAAGUCAGCAAUCACAACAUCAACUGUACCAUUGACAAAACAAAGUUAUCAUCAACAUUCAAUAUUGGAAGAUUAUUUUUUGAAUAAUUUCAAUUCAUCAGAUAUUAUUUCAUUGUACUGGUUACCACAUUUAAAUCAUAUUUUUAAUAUGUAUACUUCUUCAUUGAUCAAUCCAUCUCAAAUGACACAUUUUAAUCAAACAACUAUUGGUUGGCGUCUAUGGCGAAGUUUCCUAAGAUAUUUUACAUUGAAUGAAAAUGAUUCUAAACAAUUUGAUGACAGCAGCACAUCAAGUUUUUCUCUACCUACUACUCCUAUGCCAUUACCAUUGAACACUGUGAACUAUUUCAGUUCAAUCUAUUUAUACAAUUGGAAUCAGUUAAUGAAUUUAUCAUCUUCAUUGAAUCAAAAUGUUACAUCAAUUCAAACAACACCAUUAAAUCUUGCAAUGAAAUUGAAUUCAUCUGAUUGUAACACUACGACGUCUACUACAAGUAUUACUACUAAUACUAUUAUUACUACUAAUAAUACUACUACUACUACAAAUACUUCCUCUGAUUCUAAACUAAAUAAUUCUCAAAAAGUGUUCAGCACAGAAUCGCAUAGAACAAAGCAUUCACUUAAGGCAUAUGAAUUGACAAAUGAAAUGAAAACUAUUUUCACAGGAUUAAAAACUACACCUACUACAUCGACAUCGUCAUCGAAUAAUAAAAAAUCAAUUUAUAAAUGUUCACACUGUGGUCGAGGAUUCAGUAAAGCAUACAACAGGACAAUACAUGAACGUACACAUACAGAUGAACGUCCAUUCGGUUGUAAUGUUUGCUCAAGACGAUUUAGACGAAAAGAUCAUCUAAGAGAUCACAGUUACACUCAUUUAACAUUGAAACCAUUUUCAUGUUCAAUAUGUCAUCGAGGAUUUUGUCAAUCACGUUCAUUGGAAAAUCAUAAACGUUCAAAUCAUCCAAUUAAGAAAGAUGAAUUCAGCGCAAAAAUAAAUUGUAACAGUUUACCUCCAUCAUCGAACUACACACCAACUAAUAUUAUUCCUAUGGAUAGUAAUAAUAUUACUAGUAUUAAUGCUCUUUCUACAAAUUGUGAUUUAAUCAAUGUGAUGAGGAAUAAUAAUAUUAAGGCAGAAUAA